UCCUCCAACACAUUCGUUCACUCUGGUGGAGUAAAGUGACAUUGAAAGGGUGCCUCAACGUGGCAUCCUAGAGAAAGACCCCUCUAUUUCCCAACAGCCGUCACCACACUGUACCGUCCUGGCACACGUAGUACCCUCCGAAACGUCCCUACCUCGACUAAUAAAUGACCAGCAUAGGCGCCAGAGAAAUAAAACAAGCGAAAGACACGGAUCGUUAUCCGAACGUGGAGAGAAAAACAACGGAUCAUUUUCGGAAUCAUAUGUAGGAAAAGCGCACGAAUCGUCGUCGCAGUUGCCUUCUCAAUGCAUACCCUUUGUGCUCGGGGAACGAUGAAACCAGAGAUUAGCGCCGCGGUCGGGUUUCUGUCGAGAUUUCUGCGGAUAAAAGGACACGUAAAUGACAGACAGCUUCAAUCAUUCAGCGCAAGUUUACAGGAUAUUUUGUCAGAGCAAUACAAGCACCACUGGUUCCCCGACAGGCCAUGCAAGGGCUCGGGCUACCGCUGCAUCCGCAUCAACCACAAGAUGGAUCCCCUGGUGGGGCAGGCAGGCCAGCGCAUCGGCCUGACCAUCAAUCAGCUCUACCUGCUGCUGCCUAGUGAGCUCACCCUCUGGGUGGACCCCUUCGAGGUGUCCUACCGCAUCGGCGAGGACGGCUCCAUCUGCGUGCUCUACGAGUCCCAGCCGGUAGCCCCGGCGCCGUCGGGAGGCAGUGCGGUCACCUCGACCCCCAUGGUGGACAGUCACAUCAGCUGCAAGGAGGCGGCGGGGAUGCUGGGUAGGACCAGCCCUUCCAAAGCCUACAACAUGAUGACUAUGUCCAGCUAAGGGCUGCCACCCGCCACGUCGGGUCGUGGGUUUCGCCCUAGUUGGUCGAUGGCGAACCUUUUUAAAGGUAAAAAGAAAUGAAAUGAAAAAGAGAAAAAAAGGAGGAGAAAAGGCAGAGGAUGUGGCCUAUCGUCCAGGUGAAACCUUGUAGGUUUGAUAUUUCUUUCUCCUUCCUCGCUCCAUAGUCUGUUAUGUUGUGUUGUGGGAUCUACCGGAGGCUUCGUUUUUUCCCCCGCGGAGAGGACUGUGUGGAGCGUGGAGCUGUUGGGGGGCAGCUAAAACAAACCAAGAAACCGAACAGAGAAACAGCGCAGAGAAGAGGCUGCUUUUUGUUUUUGUUUUUUUACACCGGUCUAUCAUUGUUGACUUUGCACUUUCUUCUCCACGUGGUUACAGUGGGUACCAUGUCACCACCACCCCCACCACCCUCUCAAAAGCUUCAAGGAACUGCUGUCAAGAACCAUACCGUUAAAUUUCAGCCUUUUAUCUACUUCCUGUUGUUAUUGGGUGUACUUCCUGUCUAGGAAGGAAGUUAAGGGGCUGAGGUCCGGUCUGUGCCUGUUUCUAGGUCAGUCUCUGGGGAAACGCCCUAAGUCAUUUUCUUCUAAAACUCAGUUUUUGGACCACAGGUUUUUUCUUUACCCCCAGAGGCUGCCCCAUAUACCAGUGUCGAGCUUCAGGAAGCCCCUCCACCUCCAUAUGGAAGUGCAGUGGAAUGCGCUGUGACACCUGUUGCUAAGGACAGUAGUGUGUCACAGUGCACCCCACCAA